AUGGCUACUUACCCUAGUGACGCAAUGACUACUUACCCUAGUGACACAAUGAUUACUUAUCCCAGUGACACAAUGGCUACUUACCCUAGUGACACAAUGGCUACUUACCCCAGUGACAGAAUGGCUACUUACCCUAGUGACACAAUGGCUACUUACCCUAGUGACACAAUGGCUACUUACCCCAGUGACACAAUGGCUACUUACCCUAGUGACGCAAUGACUCCUUGCCCUAGUGACACAAUGACUACUUGCCCUAGUGACACAAUGACUACUUGCCCUAGUGACACAAUGACUACUUACCCUAGUGACGCAAUGACUACUUACCCUAGUGGCGCAAUGACUACUUACCCCGGUGACGCAAUGACUACUUACCCUAGUGACGCAAUGACUACUUACCCUAUUAACACAAUGACUACUUGCCCCAGUGACACAGUGACUACUUACCCCAGUGACACAGUGACUACAUACCCUAGUGACACAAUGACUACUUACCCUAGUGACACAAUGACUACUUAUCUCAGUGAUGCAAUGACUACUCAUCUCAGUGACAUCACGGGUACUUACCGCAGUGACACAAUGAUUUCGUACCCCAGUGACACAAUGACUACUUACCCUGGUGACACAAUGACUACUUGCCCUAGUGACGCAAUGACUACUUGCCCUAGUGACACAAUGGCUACUUACCCCAGUGGCACAAUGGCUACUUACCCUAGUGACGCAAUGGCUACUUACCCUAGUGACGCAAUGAAUACUUGUCCUAGUGACACAAUGAUUACUUGCCCUAGUGACGCAAUGACUACUUGCCCUAGUGACACAAUGACUACUUACCAUAGUGACAUAAUGUCUACAUACCCCAGUGGCACAAUGGCUACUUACCCUAGUGACGCAAUGACUACUUACCCCAGUGGCGCAAUGACUACUUACCCUAGUGACACAAUGACUACUUACCCCAGUGACGCAAUAACCACUUACCCUGGUGACGCAAUGACUACUUGCCCUAGUGACACAAUGGCUACUUACCCCAGUGACACAAUGGCUACUUACCCCAGUGACACAAUUACUACUUACCCUAGUGACACAAUGACUACUUACCCUAGUGUCACAAUGACUACUUAUCUCAGUGAUGCAAUGACUACUCAUCUCAGUGACAUCAUGGUACUUACCGCAGUGACACAAUGA